AUGUCCACCUCUGAGAAAGAUACCGUCGCAGCCGCUGUCGCCGUCGAGGGCGUCGCGUGCAACAACCUCCUCGCGCCCAACACGCGACUGGACAACGCCAUUGCAAACUCCCGAGAGAACAAACUGCCGGAAAUCGCCGUCUCCCCCCUCCAGGGUCAGUUCCUCGCCAUUCAGUGCCAGCUGAUAGGCGCCAAGACGGUCCUCGAGAUCGGCACACUCGGCGGGUACUCGACCAUCUGGCUGGCGGAGACGGGCGCCAAGGUCACCAGCAUCGAGAUCGACCCCAAGCACCGCGACGUCGCGCUGCAGAACGUCGCGGGUCUCGACGUCGAGAUCAUCCUGGGCGCCGCCCUGGACGUCCUCCCGAAGUUGGCCGCCGAGGGCCGCCGGUUCGACAUGGUCUUCUGCGACGCGUCCUGGGGCGAGCAGGAGAAGUACUUCGACUGGGCGGUCAAGCUGACGAGGCCGAAAGGGUGCAUCUACGUCGACAACGUCGUCUGGAACGCUCUCGACAGCGGCGCAGUGGAGUCGGGGAAAGAUUCGCUCUUGACGCACGUGGGCAAGGACAAGAGAGUCAAGGCCACGCUUGUUCCGAUGAUCUCAACGGCGCACACGGCCUCCAGGGGGCGGACCAUACUAGAUGGGUUCUUGUUGGCGGUGGUGAAUUAG